AUGGGACAGCUCGGCGACCUAUCGCCUGGGGGAAGUGUGGCUAUUGGGAUAUUAGUAGGACUCAUCUCCACGAGUGUUCAAAGUCUCGGUUUAACCCUCCAACGCAAAUCACAUAUUCUAGAAGAUGAGAAAGGGGCACAUCAUGUUCGAAGGCCGCCGUAUAGAAGGAGAAGAUGGCAGCUGGGCAUGGGCAUGUUUAUCAUAUCGAAUCUUGUGGGCAGCACGAUCCAAAUAACAACUUUACCUCUACCUGUAUUGUCAACUCUACAAGCCUCGGGUCUGGUCUUCAAUUCUAUUUGCGCAACUUUGAUACUUGGAGAACCAUUUACAACAUGGUCUUUGGGGGGAACAUUAUUGGUUUCGACAGGAGCGAUUUUGAUUGCUAUAUUUGGGGCUAUUCCAGAGCCGGCUCAUUCGCUGGAUCAACUACUAUUACUUCUCGGACGACGAACUUUUGUUAUUUGGAUGAUAAUGCAGACUUUAUUGGUUGCGGGAAUAGUCGCUCUGGCAUGGUUUCUGGGGAGAGUUCCAAGAAUCUCUGCAAGUCCUCGAAUCCGACUCCUUAGAGGAUUGGCAUAUGGAUGUAUUAGUGGAGUAUUGUCAGCCCACUCUUUAUUGGUAGCCAAAUCAGCAGUCGAACUGUUGGUCCGAACGAUUGUUGAUCGACACAACCAAUUCGAUCGAUGGCAAUCAUGGGCUAUUCUCUUUGGCCUCGUCUUCCUGGCUCUCACACAACUAUACUUCCUGCAUCGCGGUCUCAAAUUGGUAUCCACCAGUGUGCUAUAUCCACUGGUAUUUUGCAUCUAUAACAUCAUAGCCAUUCUCGAUGGCCUCAUAUAUUUCAAACAGACUGAUCGACUACCUGCCCUACACGCAGGACUAAUUGCUCUUGGAACGGCCAUUCUACUAUCUGGCGUCCUAGCUCUCUCUUGGCGUCUCAACGAAGAACAAACUCAACCAGCUGUAGCCCAAAGUGCGCUUGCCCCCGGCCUCGGCCUCGUCGAAGAUACUGAUAACGAUUCUUCAGAAUCCUACACCGCAGAUGAAGAAGCCGCCAUCACAACUGAACAUCAAGCCCUGCUAAGCGACGAGCCCAUGACUCCGACCACUAAACUCGAUACGAUUAUUGGGGCAACAAGACAUGUAAGGAAAGCAGUUCGUCUUUCAGAAGUAGAUGAGAUUUGGGGUGAAUUAGAAGAUGAUGAUGCGAAAUCAACGCCUACAAGACCAAGGGCGAAGAGACCAAACUUUGCAUCGACAUUCCCUAGAAGCUCGAAUUAUGAUGAGGAAGCAAGGGUGGACUCGCCUAUUCCAGAUGAAAAUACAUCACUUCUUCAGCGGGAAGUAUCUUUUUAUCGUAGAAAAAGAAGACGUUCAACGGGUUUCCCAGGCUUUACAGCUCGUCCUACACCGAGGAAACGUCGUUCUAUGAGAUCAGAAAGUCAAGAUGCGACGGGUGGGUGGUGGAAGAUGAAAUGGUGGAGAGAUAGAGAUGGGAGUAAUGGGAAAGGCCCUCCUCCUUCUGGUGGUGAUGGGGGUGGGGGUACAGGUACGGGAUUGGGAAUCGGAGGGAUAGGUGGGUCGGACGCUGGUCCUUCAGGAACCGGGACGGGUAGUUAG